UUGGGGCAUGCUGAAGGGUGACUGAAGACUGGAAAGAAAAAACUGAUUGACAUGGCUGAAGGAGAGAAUGAAGUGAGAUGGGAUGGAUUGUGCAGUAGAGAUUCAACUACUAGAGAGACAGCACUGGAAACCAUUAGGCAAAUCAUUUUGAGAAAAACCGAGUGUCUUCGUUCAGUGAAAGAGACAACUUACCGUCCUUCAGACGAGCUUUCAAAUGCUGUUUCUUUGGAUGAGUUGAAUAAGCUUCUUGCACAUCUGCUUAUGCUGUCUAAGAGGUGUCCCUUUAAAGAUGUAAGAGAGAAAAGUGAGUUUAUUCUGAAGAGCGUCCAGGAACUUGGAAUUAGAAUUCCUCGACCACUAGGACACGGACCAAGCAGAUUCAUCCCAGAAAAGGAGAUUCUCCAAGUGGGGAGUGAAGACACACAGAUGCAUGCUUUAUUUGCAGAUUCUUUUGCUGCUUUGGGUCGUUUGGAUAACAUUACAUUAGUGAUGGUUUUCCACCCACAAUAUUUAGAAAGUUUCUUAAAAACUCAACACUAUCUACUGCAGAUGGAUGGUCCAUUACCCCUACAUCAUCGGCACUACAUUGGAAUAAUGGCUGCAGCAAGACAUCAGUGUUCCUACUUAGUGAACCUGCAUGUAAAUGAUUUCCUUCAUGUUGGUGGGGAUCCCAAGUGGCUCAAUGGUUUAGAGAAUGCACCUCAGAAGCUACAGAAUUUAGGAGAACUCAACAAAGUAUUAGCCCACAGACCUUGGCUUAUUACCAAAGAACACAUUGAGCGGCUUUUAAAAGCUGAAGAGCACAGCUGGUCUCUUGCAGAAUUAGUACACGCAGUAGUUCUACUCACACACUAUCAUUCUCUUGCCUCAUUCACAUUUGGCUGUGGAAUCAGUCCAGAAAUUCAUUGUGAUGGUGGCCACACGUUCAGACCUCCUUCUGUUAGUAACUACUGCAUCUGUGACAUUACAAAUGGCAAUCAUAAUGUGGAUGAGAUGCAGGUCAACUCGGCCGGAAAUAUUUCGGUAAGUGAUUCCUUCUUUGAGGUGGAAGCCCUAAUGGAAAAGAUGAGGCAGUUACAGGAAUGUCGAGAUGAAGAAGAGGCGAGUCAGGAAGAGAUGGCUUCACGUUUUGAAAUGGAAAAAAGAGAGAGCAUGUUUGUCUUCUCUUCAGAUGAUGAUGAAGCUACACCAGCAAGAGAUGUAUCUCGUCACUUUGAGGAUACUAGUUAUGGCUAUAAAGAUUUCUCUAGACAUGGGAUGCAUGUUCCAACAUUUCGUGUUCAGGACUAUUGCUGGGAAGACCAUGGUUAUUCUUUGGUAAAUCGCCUUUAUCCAGAUGUGGGACAGUUGAUUGAUGAAAAAUUUCACAUUGCUUAUAAUCUUACCUAUAAUACAAUGGCAAUGCACAAAGACGUUGAUACCUCAAUGCUUAGACGGGCUAUUUGGAACUAUAUUCACUGCAUGUUUGGAAUACGAUAUGAUGAUUAUGACUAUGGGGAAAUUAACCAGCUGUUGGAUCGUAGCUUUAAAGUUUAUAUCAAAACUGUUGUUUGCACUCCUGAAAAGGUUACCAAAAGAAUGUAUGAUAGCUUCUGGAGGCAGUUCAAGCACUCUGAGAAGGUUCACGUCAAUCUGCUUCUUAUAGAAGCUAGGAUGCAAGCAGAACUCCUUUAUGCUCUGAGAGCCAUUACCCGCUAUAUGACCUGAUGAUGUCUUUCUUCCCUUAAAGAGGAUUCUGGAAUGAUGAGCAGAUACAGUCUACAAGGGGAAGGUGCCAAGCCCCAGGACCAAUGGUAGAUAAAAGAAUUCAGAAAUCCAUUGUGCCACGAUUCCUUUAGUUUCUGCUAUUUUACUGUGGAAAUACUACUGCUGGCACAAGCAGUGUGUGCUUGGCAGCCUCACAUUUAAAGCUGUGAAGAAAGGCUGCUAUCCACAGUAUUUGCUUUUUGACAGUACAAGACACUGUGUAACUGUUUUAAUACAGCAAAUAGUAACUCUCCACAUCCUGUUGCUUUUAUGUUAAAUAAGAUAACAAGAAUUGGAGCAUGCAAAGAAUGGCACUUGAAUAAUGACUUAAGAUGUAUACAUAAAGAAUUUUAGAAGAUCUUGGUGCUGCUAUCCUGGUUGGUGGAAUGAAUAGAUCGUGGUUCCAGUUAAGCUAUUAGUGAUUAAAGUGAACAUUGCUACUAUCUGAGCCUACAAACAUAAUUUGUGUGGUUUCAAAUUAAACUUGCGUACAUGUUAAUUUUUUGCAUCUUAAAAAGCAUAGAAUUAUUACAGUUCAAAGACCAUUUGAUGGUAACAGUUCAUUUAUUUCUUAUAGUUUUUAAAAUUCAGUUAUUGGAUGAUAUUAAAUUACAGUGGUAUUCUUAAAAUAUUUUCUUCAAAAAGCAAUCUUAAAUGAAAAUAUGUAGAUUAUAAGAAAAACUGGCUGUCUUCUGAAACACUGUUUCACAAGAUUCUCUUGACACUGAAGGGCAGAUUCUUCCUAGGCACUUUUGUUUCCAACACUGCACUUGUGGGAUAUCGCUGUAGACUGCUGUGCAGCCCCAGGCACAUUCUGUCCCUGAGCUCCUGCCUGCCUCCCAAAACCUACUUUAAAAGUUGUGCAGCUCCUUAAAUAAUAAAGCUGGAAAAUAUUUUUAGUCAGGUUAUCAAAUUGGAUUUACAAAAAUGCUAACUUUGUUUGAAAUGCAAACAAGUUUUGAGUACUUUGUAUUCUGGAAGUGUGAAUUGCUUUUGAAGUCUGUCAGUAUUAUUGGUAUUUUUCAAUAAAGAAUUUUCUCCAAUUUUA